UGAUACGUUUGACGGCAAGAUACUUGUUUACGGUACAAUCCCGGAAGUGACGCUAUAUUUUUUCCUCUCGAAUACGAAGUUGCCAACAAAAAGAGGGAUUUCUUUUGUUAUACAUUGUCCUGGUUUAAUUAGUCAUCUGUCUCUUGAGAAAUGAUCUAGGAGGGUCCGCUGAGAUAUGAAUAUUUGUUUGUAAAACAUUUUUGUGCGUUUGAACAGCAUAGCCAGCGUAAGCUACAGUACGGGCAAAUUUUCGCCUGAUCAAACUGGUAUUUGGAAGCUUUAGUUUACAAAUACGACUAGUCACUUAAUAGCUAAUGGCCUGUACUUUUGAAAAAGUGUUGGGGGAUGCUAGGACCCUCCUGGAAAGGCUGAAAGAGCACGAUACGGCUGCUGAGGGACUGAUCGAGCAAUCCGGGGCCCUCAGCCAGAGAGUGCAGGGCAUGAGGGAGGUGGGCAAUGCUCUUCCAGACAAGCACACAGAAGACAGCUCAGAGAUUCGGGAACUCACAAAAUACAAGCCUCACAUCCUUCUGACUCAAGAAAACACUCAAAUCAAGGAAUUGCAGCAAGAGAAUAAAGAACUAUGGCUGUCCCUUGAAGAGCACCAGUACACACUAGAACUGAUCAUGGGUCGAUAUCGCAAGCAGAUGCUCCAGCUGAUGAUGGCAAAAAAGGAGCUGGACACGAAACCAGUGCUCAGACUACACCAAGACUACGUCAAAGAAGUGCAAAGCCAGGUGGAACGGAUAUGUGAGAUGGGCCAAGUGAUGAGGAGAGCCAUGCAGGUGGACGAUCAGCACUUCUGCUCUGUUCAAGAGAGGCUUGCUCAACUGGAGAUUGAGAACAAGGAGCUUCGGGACCUUCUGGCCAUCAGCCAGGCAUCUGUGAAGAUGGGAAAUGAAGAGAGCCACCAGCCAUCAACACCAGCAGCAGCAGUGCCCUCAGGCAGUGACCAAUGAGUGACCCGAGCAGCUGCAGUCUGAACUGAUCAGGUGGAACAACCAACCAAACAGGAAGAGCUUUUUCAUUUUUAAGCACAACCUAGAUUGCAGAAUAAUGUUUGUAAAAGUAAUUUAAAUUCAACAUUAAAGCCAUCAGAAGCAUUUAACUACCAGUGGGUAUAUCAUUAUGAUAGAUAUCUUUAUGUACAGUAGUUGUGUUUUCACUGCAGCAAUGUUGGGAGUGAAUUCCUCAUAAACGAACGGAGUUUGACUGAGGUGCUUUGGGUUUCACUGGUUUAUUUUAUAUUUAUCUAAAUGCUGAAGUGAAGCUGAGGGAGAUUUAUUUUUGUUUAGAAUGGAGAAAGGAUGAGUUUAAUCUUUUAAGAACAUAAAAAAGUAAAAUGCCCAAAAAGUAAAAUGCCUCUGUUUUAAACGCUAACUUGUACACCACGUGUGAUGUUGUGUUCAUCGCCAAGAAAAUGACUAUUGGCUGUUUCACAAAACAAAAUGCCUGCGCUGGAAUGACAGUGGGCAGUUUUUUAAAGAGAUUGUAAAUUUAUAAAUGUACAUUUUGUCUGCCAUAGUUGAUUGUUAUGCUUACAACAUGAUAAAUACCAGUUUUUACUCUGAAUUUUUAGAUUGGAUUGCAGAGUAAAUGUGUAAUAGUUGACUGCACAUCUUUCUCACGGUAACAUUUUGUAAGCAUUACUUUUUUGAGUGUUAUGUACUUGUGCACUGUUAUUUUGUCAUGAACUGUAAAUGUCAUCUCAGGAAAUUACUGUUGGUUAAGUGAACAUGUUUAUGGAAGUGUAAUUAUUUGUGUAAAAUAAAACUCGUUCUGAAAACUAA